AUGGCGGACAAUCGGGUGUGUAAAUUUUUUAUACCGUACCGGUCGGCAGAUUUAUUGAAAGCACGCGGCAAACAAUAUUGCGUGCGAAAGCUUUAUAAGCAAAAUGAAAUUCCGGAGCGUCUUCUCGUAUGUCGAAAGAAAAUGCUCGCGGGUGAUAUUUUCUACAUAUUCGAGCAUUUCGACACCUACUACUCGGUGAUUGAGUCAAAAGAUGCUGAUGCCGUCACCGUACAGAACCUCAUGCGCUCGUUUGAUUUGCUGUACCUAACGGUAAAUAAAUUGACGGCUCAACUGGCGCCGUUGCUGGCCCCAAAUGCUCAGCCGUUGUCGGUGCCGAACCGCACGCGUUACUGGAAUCUAACCAAAAUGUCGCUAUAUCUGCUGAUCAAUGCGGUGAAGCGCAUCAAUGCGUUAAGUGUGGAUAAAACUAGUAAUUUUAAUGUGAUGCUAAAGCAGAAUCCCGAUUGGAUUCCAAGACUAAGCAAAUUCUUUCUGCAGCUCUACAUUAUCAUAAAGUAUCCACUGGAGAAGCUCUGGACUCCGUCCGUAGUCGAUGCGAAUUUUGUUAACAUGAUCUGUGACAUCUGCUAUUGCACGCUGGAGGUUAACCCUGCGAGCACUCAAAAUCUCCAUAUUUUCGACUCAAUAUUUAAAAUACUUGGCGCUGCUAUCAGAAAAUUCAACCAUGCCUUGAUCUUUUGCGCACGCAUUCUGCCAAUCCUACGCACCAACAGGUCCACUUCAAUCGUAGUGGCCAAAGGAAUGCAACUGAUUCAUGAGGACUACGAUCUCUCCCCCGUUGUGACCACACUUAUGGAUCACAUUAUGCAGACCAAAUCGCGGGAAUCAGCUCAUUCGGCAAUCAUGCAUAACUAUGCCGCUUUCAUAACAGAAUUGGUCGGAAAUUCUCCCGGUCUAAUGAUAAUGUACUUCUCACAGUUGAGCGAUGAACUGCUCCAAAGUCUCGGGUAUCGCAACAAGUACGAGCAGAUCUUUAGUGGCGAGUUCAGUGAAGUUUUCACCGAUUCUGAGCUUAAAUUGUCGAAUCUGAAGUCCACUAUUCGGGAUCGAAUACAGAAAUUGUCUAACUUGAAGCACGUCAACGAGGAUAAGUACGAAACUUUGGUGCAAAAGGUGCUGCUCAAGCAGGUGAGCAAUACCUGUGUUGAUCCAAAAUUCGUGCUGCCCAGAGUUGACUUUGUAGUUUCUGCCGAGAUUAUCAGUAAACUAUUAAAACUCGAAGACCAAUACCUUUACAUUCUCAUACUCUUUAAAAACUUAAUUCAUCUCACUCGUACCUGCGGUAAUGUUCCCAAACCAGAGCCAAAGCAACUGAACAUCAUUCAGUUCCUCAUAGAAAGCAUCGACUUCAAGUUUGUGGUCUCCAACGCGAUGCCAAAAUUGCUCCAAACGUUGGCAGCUGAGGACAAGGAGGACAUCUACGAGGAAUUGGAUCUAUUCAGCAGCGGCUAUAAUUACGGGAUGCGCGGUCUUGAGUUGGCAAUGACGAGCUUAUUGCCCUUGGUCGGGUCUUCCAGCGAAUUGAAGCGCCGUGUCAUUUGUCACGCCUAUCGGAGGGUGUUCUUCAAUUCAGAGCCAGCUGGGCGAGAACGUGCCAUUAAAGUGGUGCGGAUCUUGUGCAAAUUGUUAGCGGAAGUGGAAUUCGGACACUACAGAACCAUGGAAUUGCUUAUGGCAGAGUGGAUACGCACUGGGUCCAUUGAUGCGUACAUUGUGCAAAUCCUCUUCGAGCGAUGGGCAUUGCUAAUCAAGGGUACGACGCCCAACGAAUCACGUUUGGCGUUGCAACUGAUCAUUAUGGCCUCGAGGGCCGAACGUCGCAUUGCCACAUAUAAUCGGGGCUUUAUUGAGAACAUAGCGAUCAAAGAGCGUACGCUUGAAGAUCCGUUCUUGAUCUACCAAUGCAUCCAGCUGCUCGUAAUGGGCAGCGAUUGUACUAAUGGAAAACUUCAGAAAUCCUACACAGUCCAAGAUAAGUUUGUGGAGUACAUAACCACCUCUUUUCUGAGCAACUUUUCGUAUCAAGAGAUGCGGGAUUUCGACUAUCUUGCAGUGGGUGUGAUAGAGUUUUACAAACUGGUAUGUAUAAAAUCAGAAUCAUUGGCGGCGCAGGUAUUUCUGGAGGUGAUCAAUUGCAUCAAUGAGAGCUGGUUGGAGCAAUCCCUGGAGGACCCGGAGGCGUCCAUUUAUCAGCUCUCUCGUUUCAUGUUCUGCGUGGGCUAUAUGGCCACCAAGGAGCUGAUCUUUCUCGAGCUGGAGGAGCCAGAGGAUACCCAAAAAAAGAAACCUGUGUUUGUAACCUCAAAGCGCAAAAAGCGAAUUGAUAAUAACAUCGCUGCAGAAAUUUUGGCCAUAUGUGAGAGUGUCAUUCUGACCGAGCACAGUACGCUUAUGUCCAAAAUUCAACCUAUUAUGCAGGAGCUAACCAAGCGUCGCCCCGAGCAAAGGAAUCAGAAAUUGGAGAAGGCGGCAUUGAAGGCCCUCGCACGUCUAAUGUCGCUCUCGUCGAUAUACUGCGUGGCGAACGUAUGCUUUCUCAACAACCUGCUGCUAAUGUCCAAGAACAUUAUUAUCAGGAUUUAUACGCCCUGGCUCCCUAAUCAGAGUCUUACAUUCCGUUUUUCGGCCCUUACCGAACGCUGGACGCCUUACAUAUAUUUAUAUUAUUAUUACGAUAGCGUCUCGAAACAUUUUAACAGUCUCAGGUUGACUGAGGCGACGCAUCACGUUGUAAGCGCGUUGGUUCUCGAGAAUUGUCAGAUUGCCGAUUUGGCAUUAUGCAUCGCCCAUGAGGACGAGCAGAUCAAAAAUAGAACAGUGCGAUUCUUCAAUGAGAUUGCCACCAAGACAGAUAUUUUGUACAAUUUACUGCCAGACAUUAUUAUCAAGUUGUGCGACGCCAACCUGUAUAUGGAGCGGGAAAACUUUCGGACUAUUCUGCGUUUCAUGAUCGGCCUCAUCGAUAACCAUGUCGACAUCGAGCUACUGGUGGAGACAUUGUGUCUGCGUUUCUCGUUCUCGAGUGAAGAGAACCAAUGGUGCAACAUUUCCUACUGCCUUAGUCUGCUCAGAUAUAGUGAGGUCUCAAUAAAGCUGCUCAUCGACAACGAACAGCACUUCGAUGACAAGCUGAUCGUGGAUGAGGUCUAUCUUCACUUCACGUCGAUCAUCAGAAACACCGGCAGGUACGCCAGACCCAAGCUAAAGGCUUUGCUCGCCAAGUUCGAGACGGAUCUGGCCAAGUCCUGGAAACUGAGCAAGUCGUGGAAAGUAGCGGAGAUUCAGCACAGCAAGGCAGCGGCAAACACGGAAGUUUUGCAGACCAAAGCGAAGGCAAGCACGGAAGUUCCGCAGAAGUCCCAAAAAAAUGGAUCAUCCAAAUCCAAGAAGUUAAAGCGUAACAAAAGCAAAAUGAAAUCAGCCAACGCGCAAAGAAAAAACAAAUCGAACGGGCGCAACUAA